GGUCCCUUCAUCGUCUCCCAGACUCCGAUCAUGGCUGAGCAGCUGGUCCUUCGCGGCACCCUCGAGGGUCACAAUGGCUGGGUUACUUCCCUGGCUACCUCUUUGGAGAACCCCAACAUGCUGCUCUCGGGCAGUCGCGACAAGUCCCUGAUCAUCUGGAACCUUACCCGCGACGAGCAGGCCUACGGUUACCCCAAGCGCAGCCUCCAGGGUCACUCUCACAUCGUCUCUGACUGUGUGAUCUCCUCUGACGGUGCCUACGCUCUUUCCUCCUCGUGGGACAAGUCCCUACGUCUCUGGGAGCUCGCCAGCGGUGCCACCACCCGCACUUUCGUCGGCCACAACAACGACGUCCUCUCCGUCUCUUUCUCCGCCGACAACCGCCAGAUUGUCUCCGGUUCUCGUGACCGUUCUAUCAAGCUCUGGAACACUCUGGGUGACUGCAAGUACACCAUCACCGACAAGGGCCACACCGAGUGGGUUUCUUGCGUGCGCUUCAGCCCCAACCCCCAGAACCCCGUCAUCGUCUCUGCUGGCUGGGACAAGCUUGUCAAGGUUUGGGAGCUCGCUUCCUGCCGUCUCCAGACCGACCACAUCGGUCACACCGGCUACAUCAACACCGUCACCAUCUCCCCCGACGGUUCUCUCUGCGCCUCCGGCGGCAAGGACGGUACCACCAUGCUCUGGGACCUCAACGAGUCUAAGCACCUCUACUCUCUCCACGCCGGCGAUGAGAUCCACGCCCUCGUCUUCUCCCCCAACCGCUACUGGCUCUGCGCUGCCACCGCCACCAGCAUCACCAUCUUCGACCUCGAGAAGAAGAGCAAGGUCGACGAGCUCAAGCCCGAGUACAUCGAGAAGGGCAAGAAGAGCCGUGAGCCUGAGUGUGUUUCCUUGGCCUGGAGCGCUGAUGGCCAGACUCUGUUCGCUGGUUACACCGACAACAAGAUCCGUGCUUGGGGUGUUAUGUCGAGGGCAUAGAUGGGAGAUGUGAUGAUGAAUGGAAGCAAUUAAAAAGUGUGUGGAGGGG